GGCUCGCGCUCACUUUCCCGGUUGUUAAAGACACUGCGACUUGUCCUCGCUGCGGCAGGACGGUGACAGCUUACAUCGGCUCUCUCAUUUCUCGGACUGAGCUCGGAUAUUUGCCUCUUUGGAGUUCUAUGUUUCGGUGGCAGUGACAGACUCAGCGUGUUACUAACACCAUUUAUCUUUUGGUGUUUGAUUUUCCCCUGCGAUGGACUGGUGACCUGUCCAGGGUGUACCCGCCUUGCGCCCGAUGUCAGCUGGGAUUGGCUCCAGCCCCCCGCGACCCUGUACGCAGGAUGAGCGGUUGAUGAUGGAUGGAUGGAUGGAUGGAUGGAUGGAUGUUUGAUUUUCCUCGUAUCAAACAGGUGCUGAACCCUGCCUGCUCUGACACCGUGUCUCCAGACAGACACAGUGGCUGACUCUGAAAGAAAAGUGGGCAGAUAAAGAGAUAGGAGGACAGAGGGAGAAGUACAACCUCUCGUAGAGUGGUGGCCAGGGUGACAGAGGAGCACAUGAGGAGCGGAAACAGCGUGACAGCAACAUCCUGACCGGUAACCUUGCCUCUGCACCCCUGCCCCCGCCCCCCCAACCCGCGCCCAGCAACUCCAGAAGUGGGCGUCACAAGGAAGGAAACGUGCAACCACUCCUCCUGCAGGCAUGAGGUCCUUCCGUUCCUUCAGUAACGAUGACCGCCACGUCAUGGCGAAACACUCCACCAUCUACCCCUCCUCCCAGGAGCUGGAAGCAGUGCAGACGCUGGUCUCCACUGUCGAGUGCGCCCUCAAACAUGUCUCUGAUUGGCUGGACCAGAAAAGCAGCGACAUAAACAGCCAGGCCAACAGCCAACCAGCAGACAGCACAGAGGAGGAUGAUCCUGGCGAUGAGCCCAGUGACAAAACUGAGGAUUCCAGUGACAGCUACAGAGAGCCCAGCAGUGGUGGCGUGCUGUGUGGAGUGAUGAGGAUCGGCCUGGUGGCCAAAGGCCUCCUGAUCAAAGGCGACAUGGACCUGGAGCUCGUGCUGAUGUGUAGAGACAAACCCACACAGACACUGCUGGACACUGUCUGUCACAAUUUACCCACACAGAUAGAGAAGCUGACAGAAGAAAAAUAUGAGGUCACAAGCUCCUUGCCCGAGGCAGCCAUCUUGGUACGAACUACAACAGAGCCCAAACUCACACUGACGAUUACCCUCACCUCACCAGCCAUGAGGGAAGACGAGGACGAAGAGGAGGAGGAGGAAGAGGAGGAGUUCGAGAAUGGGGAGGAAAUAGGGGAGGAGGAGGGGGAGGAGGUGGAGGACGAAGAGGAAGAGCAGGAGAAGAAGAAUGGGCAAGUGUUGGGUGCUGCUGCGCAGAGAGUGGAGGCUGAGGAGGAGGAAAGGGAGGUGCUGGAUAGACACAGAUGUCUGUUGGCCCUGGCAGCGCUGCGACACGCCAAGUGGUUCCAGGCUCGAGUGAACGGGCUAAAGUCCUGCGUUAUCGUUCUCAGGAUACUCAGAGACAUGUGCAAUAGACACCCCAUCUGGGAACCUCUCAAGGGAUGGCCCUUAGAGCUUAUCUGCGAGAAGGCAAUUGCCACCUGCAACAGACCUCUCGGGGCUGGAGAAGCCCUGCGUCGAGUCAUGGAGUGUCUGGCCUCAGGCAUACUGCUACCAGGUGGUCCAGGUUUACACGACCCAUGUGAGAAAGAGCCAACAAACACACUAGCCAAUAUGACCGACCAGCAGGCUGAGGCCAUUACCUACAGCGCCCAGCGUGCUCUCAGACUCAUGGCAUUCGGACAGAUCUACAAGGUGUUGGAGAUGGAGCCCCUUCCCUCAAAUAAGCCAUCACAGAAAUACCCUUGGUCUGAUAAAGAAGGCUUAGGUCUGAAGCGGCCAUACGAGGAUGGACCGAUGGAUGAUAAGGACCUCAUCAAGAAGAUGAAGAGGAAUCUUAGGAAAGUGCUAGACAGUAAAGCCAUAGACUCCAACCAGCCAAUGAACGCCCUUAUGAGGUUGAACCAGAUCCGGCCGGGGCUGCAGUAUCGCCUGCUGUCCCAGUCGGGCCCGGUUCACGCUCCUGUCUUCACCAUGUCUGUGGAUCUGGAUGGAACCAUUUACGAAGCAUCUGGUUCCUCCAAGAAGACCGCCAAACUCCAUGUCGCCGUCAAGGUUCUGCAGGCGAUGGGAUACCCUACAGGUUUUGACUCGGACCUGGACCCCAUGAGUUCAGACGAGAAGUCGGACGGUGAGGGGAAGAAUGAGACGUCAUCACACGGCAGCAAUAACCCAACACACUCUACGGACAGUUCCAAUACACUGGAGGUGCGAACUCAGGGUCCAAUACUAACGGCAAGUGGGAAGAACCCCGUCAUGGAGCUGAACGAAAAGAGACGAGGCCUCAAAUACGAACUCAUCUCUGAAAGUGGAGGCAGCCACGACAAACGCUUUGUUAUGGAGGUGGAGGUCGAUGGGCAGAAGUUUCGUGGGGCAGGCCCCAACAAAAAAGUAGCAAAGGCCAGUGCUGCUCUAGCAGCUCUGGAAAAACUCUUCUCUGGUCCCAACGCAGCUGCAAACAAGAAAAAGAAGAUACUGCCUCAGACUAAAGGAGCUCUGGCUGCAGCAGCAGCAGCCUCAGCAGUAGCAGCUCAGGUAGCCAGAGGCAGAGGAAGAGCAGCCCUCGCAAGAGGAGCCUUCGUCAGUGCAGCCGCGCCUGGAUACGUCACACCAGCAGGCUUUGGGACACCGUAUGGCUACAACCCAGCUGCGGCAGCUGCUCCUGCAUACGGUGGUCUUUUCAUUGACAAUCCUUUCUACCAGCCGCGGACCAUCGCUCCUUUUAUCAUUCAUCUGGGUCCCCAGGAUCUCUUCUCUGACUUCUAGAGGCAGCAGGCAGCAGGUCGUUGGAUGGGCUCUUCACACUUACCUGUCUGUACACACAGGACACACCUGUUUUUCUGUCCGUCUAAAGCGGGCUGCCUUUCUAUCCAGGUGAUGGACUCACAGAUCCAAAACUGAAAAACUCUCUGCAGAUCUGACCUGCUGACAAGAGAGGCUCAAAGUCUCUCUCUCUCUCUCUCUCUCUCUCUCUCUCUCUCUCUCUCUCUCUCUCUCUCUCUCUCUCUCUCUCUCUCUCUCUCUCUCUCUCUCUCUCUCUCUCUGUGUGUGUUUUCUCUACUCUCUUCCCAGAUUAUCACUUCAGAGGAGAGUAACUUUACACGAAGCAAUACUCGGAUUUUACGAGAAACGCUCAGCUGCGACUGCGAGAGGCUGAGCUAAACUUUGGUCUUUCUUAUAGCAAUACACAUGAACUCCUCUCUUUGAGCUUACUUACUUGAGAAGAUGUGAAUGUCCGAUGGAGUUUUACCCAACACAGCAUUGCAAUAGCUCAUUUUGAUUGUAUAUUCAUAUUGUAUGUGUGUGUGUACGUGUGGCUAUAACAUGACUAUAUACACAUAUAUGUAUGGUCUAUGUUUCUAUAACGAUGUGUUGACAAUAAUAUUACUAUAUGAUGAUGUAUUUAUGUAAAUAUUCUAUAAAAUAUAACUAUUGUUGGUAUAAAUUAUUUUAGAAUUAUAAAGUGAAAUGUACUCUGUAAUAUCACAGUAUAGCUUUCUUCCAAUUUUAUAUACACUAAGCAAUUGAAGCUAGUUCUAGGAGAUGUAAUAUUAUCUUUGGUAUUCCUAUUAACCUGUGAUGUUAGAAUUAUAAUGCUUCCUUCCUUCUUUCCUUCCUUCCUCUCUUUCCUUCAAUCGUUUCCUCUAUCUUUGAUGUCUUUCUGAGCCUUUCUGAGCACGCUCUCUGCUGCCCGAGGUUUGUUUACGUGGCCCGGACCAGAGGUGCCCACUACUGAAUACACUCAUAACCUAAUCACACCUGUAUGCGCGCGCACACACACACACACACACAUAUAUAUACUCAUACACACUACUCCUGCCAGAAAGCACAUUUUCUAUAGUCUCACUGCUGGCAGGGAAUACUGUUGUUACAAAUACAGUACUGUAUGUUGUGUAUACUCUGAAGUACGCACUCCUCCCUCCACUAUCCAUACAUGUUAACGUACACACCCAUCAACAAUCGUCCGCUCUGUCCCGCUCGCUUUAGGGACCAAAAGCACAGCUCACUCACACCCAUUUCGACUCCUCCUUUCUGCAAACACACACAUUAACACUCCUUCCCUCUAACCUCCUUUAGCAAUCCUCUACUGUGGCAGAAACAUCUUUGUGAAAGGGCCUUGUUACACACUGGGAAAAACACAGCACAAACGGUUGGCUAACUAAUUAAAGGUAUAGCCGUGUGAAAAUCUUAAGAAGUGAGACCUUGAAUUGGAUUUGCAUUUUAGAAAAAUAGGCACAUUUCAGUGGUUGGUGAUGGAGGGAUGUUCUGAAGCUUGGAUUGGCGUUUUAUCAUUGACUCGGAAGUUUCAGCUAGGAAAGCACCGAUCCAAUAUGCCUGAUGAGUGCAUCAGGCACAGCAAUCUCUGGCCUCAUGUUGCAGUCCAUUCAAAUGAUUCCAAUGAGGUCCACGCUGUGAGGUUUCCAAAUUUGAAAUUUAGAGAAAAAAAAGACAGCACUGGUGUCGGAUCUGUACUAGGUAUUUGGAAAGAUUGAGCAGGUGCAUCCUUAGUUCCAGCCACGGCGGCAACUGUCAUAAGCUGACACAGGGAAACAUGUUACUCAAGCACAUUUCAAGACACAUUUGAGGAAGCAAAAUUAGCUUUUGAGAUCAGAUAUUUACUUUGUAUUUCGAUACAGAAGUUGGGUCUGUUUUGAAGAUUUGAAGCCUUUUAAUGUAGAAAUUAGCAUUUCUGCAUUUUUUUAAGGCACUUCUGCACUGGCCUCAGCUGUCAGCCAGCUGGUCAUAAGGUCUACAAUUCACCUCUUACUGAACUCCUGAGAUAAUAGUAGUAGAAGAAAGGAGUUUUGUUUUCUUAAAUUACAUGUGUAUGACUUAUUAGUAGUUGACUAUUUAGUGAUUGUGUUGUGCAUAUUACAUUUAAGUAGAUAGUCUAGACUGAGAGCAGAGAUAUUCCAUUCAUAUAAAGUGCUUUAUUUACAUCGUAUAUUUGGAUCUAAUUUUGGCUAUUGUUGGAACCGGACAGGUGUCACAACACUGUACACAGUAAGUUGGCAAUCACACUCAGCAUUGUGUUGGGUUUCUCCAACUUUCUAUAGUGCAUACAGGCUUCUGAAAGCUCUUCAUCAGUUAUUUAUUUAUUUUUUAGCCUUUAAUAGAGACGAGGUGUCAGUCAGCAGAGGUAAAAUCAAACAGAAUGUGCAUCAAAACGGCUUUGAUUCUCCUCACGCUCGCCUUGAUCUGGGCAGCAGUUUGAUCUCCUGUGUUUGUGCCGGCUUUGAUUCAACAAAAACUGCGUCUGAGAAAGACACAACAGUCUCACUAAUGCCCCAGAGCCCAUUUUUCAAAACAAUUUGUCAAAUUUGAGUUGGAUUUUGUGACACCACUGAGCAGACAGUAAAGAGGAUUAGGCAAUUUUAAGUUUAACUGGGGCCCUGCGAUGGACUGGCAACCUGUCCAGGGUGUACCCCGCCUUUCGCCCGAUGUCAGCUGGGAUUGGCUCCAGCCCCCCGCGACCCUGUACGCAGGAUAAGCGGUUGAUGAUGGAUGGAUGGAUGGAGGUAUUUCAUCUGCUAAUCUUUGUUUUUUAUAUAAUACCAUAUCAGGCUGGGAUCUACAGUAGAGAACAGAGUAAAUUAGUGCCAGGACCAUCUUACUUCUCUGACGUGCAGCAGCAUUAAGAUACUAAGAUGUCUUGUAGAAACUAGAUCCUGCUUCUUAAAAAAAAUCACCUCCUGUAUAAUAUCACGUUAGUCAUGUUUAGUGACUAUGGAUCUUUUUGUGGGUUUUGCUGCAUAGCUAUUCUAAGCUUUUUACUGUGGUUUCUCCAUCAAUUCUCAGAGCUCAUCUAGUCGUCUCUAAAAGUCUGUGCACUGCUUUACCCUGACAUUUCAAUUGUGGAAUUCAGGUGGAGGUGAAUAACUUGGGAGCCUGACUGCGGGGAAACAGACCCUCUCUAUUAGCUAAGAUUUUUUCCUAAUUUCCCCUCUGCCCUCUCUGUUGC